AUGUCGGCUCGGUCAUGUGAUCAGCUGUGUCCAAUCACAGCUGAUCACAUGGCAAUGAUGAUCAGUGUGGCCCCAGAAGUGCCACCUGUCAGUGUCCGUCAGUGCCUCGUGCCAGUGCCCAUCAGUGCCACAUAUCAGUGCCUACCAGUGCACACAAUGCCACAUAUAAGUGCCCAUCUGAGCUGACUUUCAGUGUCGCCCAUCAGUGCCAGUCAGUGUCACCUAUCAGUGCUGCCUAUCAGUGCGCAUAAGUGGCGCCUAUCAGUGCCAGUCAGUGCCGCCUAACAGUGCCGGUCAGUGCUGCCUAACGGUGUCAGUCAGUGCCGCCCAUCAGUGCUGCCUAUCAGUGCCAUGUAUCAGUGCUGCCUUUCAUUGCCCAUCAGUGAUGCCUGUCAAUGCCCAUCAGUG